GGCCAGGCGAUCGGUUUAGUUCUCGUCCGCAGGCCAACGCAGUUGGAACGCAUUGGAUAGGAUUGGAUACUCGUCCGCCUUUGAGAUUGUCGCGCAGCCAGAUUCAGAUACAGAUACAGAUACAAAAUGGAGGAUGACGAGAAGAUGGACAUCAUGCGCAAGGCAUUCCAAAUGUUCGACACACAAAAAACGGGCUUCAUCGAGACCCUGCGCCUCAAGACCAUCCUGAACAGCAUGGGUCAGAUGUUCGAGGAGAGCGAGCUGCAGGAUCUGAUUGACGAGAACGAUCCGGAGGAUACUGGAAAAGUAAACUUUGAUGGCUUCUGCAACAUUGCCGCCCAUUUCCUCGAGGAGGAGGACGCCGAGGCCAUUCAGAAGGAGCUGAAGGAGGCCUUCCGUCUGUACGAUCGCGAGGGCAACGGUUACAUCACCACCUCCACCCUCAAGGAAAUCCUUGCCGCCCUGGACGACAAGCUCUCCUCCAGCGAUCUGGACGGUAUCAUUGCUGAGAUCGAUACUGAUGGCUCCGGAACAGUGGACUUUGAUGAAUUCAUGGAGAUGAUGACUGGCGAUUAGAGGAACCGAUCUUGCUGACACAAUGAAAUAAAACACCAACACAGAUGAAGCUUUUGGGUUUAAUAAUAAUUUUUUAUUAUUUUUAAAUAAAUUAACUAAACGCUUUAAUA